AUGGAUUUCAAGUAUUCCAAGGAUUUCAAAGAUUUCAAGGAAUCUAAGGAUCGCAAGGCUUCCAAGGCUUCCAAGGAUUCCAUGGAUUUCGAGGGUUCCGAGGAUUCCGAGGGUUCCAAAGAUUCCAAGGAUUCCAAGAAUUCAAAGGAUUCCAAUGAUACCAAAGAUUCCGAAGAUUCCAAAGAUUCCGAAGAUUUCGAAGAUUCCAAGGACUCCAAGGAUUCUAAAAUUUCCAAAGAUUCCAAAGAUUCCAAGUAUUCCAAGAAAUUCAGAAGACCAAGGAUCCCAAAGAUUCCAAAGAUUCCAAGUAUUCCAAAGGCUCCAAAAAUUACAAAGAUUCCAAAAAUUCCGAGGAUUCUAAGGAUUCCAAGUAUUCCAAGGAUUUCAAGGAUUCUAAGGAUACCAAGGAGUCCAAGGAUUAAAAGGAUUCCAGAUUCCAAGGACUCCAAGGAUUCUAAAAUUUCCAAAGAUUCCAAAGAUUCCAAAGAUUCCAAGUAUUCCAAGGAUUCCAAGGAUUCCAAGAAUUCCAAGGAUUUCAAAGAUUUCAAGGAAUCCAAGGAUUGCAAGGCUUCCAAGGCUUCCAAGGAUUCCAUGGAUUUCGAGGGUUCUAAAGAUUCCAAAGAUUCUAAAGAUUCCAAAGGUUCCAAAAAUUCCAAAGAUUCCAAAAAUCCCAAGGAUUCCAAGUGUUCUAAGGGUUCCAAGGAUUCCAAGAAUUCAAAGGAUUCCAAUGAUACCAAAGAUUCCGAAGAUUCCAAAGAUUCCGAAGAUUUCGAAGGUUCCAAGGACUCCAAGGAUUCUUUCCAAAGAUUCCAAAGAUUCCAAGUAUUCCAAGAAUUCCAGAAGACCAAGGAUCCCAAAGAUUCCAAAGAUUCCAAGUAUUCCAAAGGUUCCAAAAAUUACAAAGAUUCCAAAAAUUCCGAGGAUUCUAAGGAUUCCAAGUGUUCUAAGGGUUCCAAGGAUUCCAAGGAUUCCAAGAAUUCAAAGGAUUCCAAUGAUACCAAAGAUCCGAAGAUUUCAAUGAUUCCGAAGAUUUCGAAGAUUCCAAGGACUCCAAGGAUUCUAAAAUUUCCAAAGAUUCCAAAGAUUCCAAAGAUUCCAAGUAUUCCAAGGAUUCCAAGGAUUCCAAGAAUUCCAAGGAUUUCAAAGAUUUCAAGGAAUCCAAGGAUUGCAAGGCUUCCAAGGCUUCCAAGGAUUGCAUGGAUUUCGAGGGUUCCGAGGAUUCCGAGGUUUCCCAGGAUCCCGAGGAUUCCGAUGAUCCUGAGGAUUCCGAUUAUUCCGACGAUUCCGAAGAUUCCGAAUAACACGAGAAUUCCGAGGACUCCAAGGUGUUCCAAGGGUUCCAAGGAUUCCAAGGAUUCCAAGAAUUCAAAGGUUUCCAAUGAUACCGAAGAUUCCAUAGAUUCCGAAGAUUCCAAAGAUUCCGAAGAUUUCGAAGAUUCCAAGGACUCCAAGGAUUCUAAAAUUUCCAAAGAUUCCAAAGAUUCCAAAGAUUCCAAGUAUUCCAAGAAUUCCAGAAGACCAAGGAUUCCAAAGAUUCCAAGAAUCCAAGGAUUGCAAGGCUUCCAAGGCUUCCAAGGAUUCCAUGGAUUUCGAGGGUCCCGAGGAUUCCGAGGUUUCCGAAGAUUCCGAAGAUUCCAAAUAACACGAGUAUUCCGAGGAUUCCAAGGUUCUAAAGAUUCCAAAGAUUCCAAAGAUUCCAAAGAUUCCAAAGAUUCCAAAGAUUCCAAAGAUUCCAAAAAUUCCAAGGAUUCUAAGGAUUCCAAGUGUUCCAAGGAUUCCAAGGAUUCCAAGAAUUCAAAGGAUUCCAAGAAUUCAAAGGAUUCCAAUGAUACCAAAGAUUCCAUAGAUUUCGAGGAUUCCAAAGAUUCCGAAGAUUUCGAAGAUUCCAAGGAUUCCAAGGAUUCUAAAAUUUCCAAAGAUUCCAAGUAUUCCAAGAAUUCCAGAAGACCAAGGAUCCCAAAGAUUCCAAAGAUUCCAAGGAUUCCAAGGAUUCCAAGGAUUCUAAAAUUUCUAAAGAUUCCAAAGAUUCCAAAAAUUCCACGGAUUCCAAGGAUUCCAAGUAUUCCAAGGAUUUCAAGGAUUCUAAGGAUAGCAUGUGGUAUUAUCUAUUAUCGAUCUUGA